AUGCCGGCCGUCGAAACCCCCGUUGCGACUUCAGAUAUCGGGCUCGUCAAGAUGGAAGACCGCAAGAGGCCCGCCGCGGACAACAAUGAGUCGGCCCCGCCGUCAAAGAAGCAGGCGACCACCGCCAACGGCGGUACCAAGCCCCAUCCGGAUGCCGAUAUGCCAUGGAAAGAUGAUUUGGAGCGGUUUCAAAAAGAAGCGAUACUGCGUCAAAUGGCGGAGUAUAGACGAGAGCGAAAUACUCUGGAAACACAACUAAAGAAAAUGACUCAAACUGCCACGUUUCAUAAUGAUCACCUCCGCAUUAUUGAUGCGUGGUUCACACAGUUAAUCGACGAACUUAAAUUACUUCUCGGGUCAUCUGAAUCUGAAGAUCAUGAAACCUCUUUCAAAAGCUCAUUGCAGUUCGAGGACGCUGAAGAAUUUCAAUCCCAUCUGACAGCCCGAUCGGAGGAUAUUCGCGCAAUAAUUUCCAAGGUCCAGGCCAAGGCUAGCAAUGCGCCCGCCGAGCUUUCGGAAGUACAAAAUCGCCUCGCCAAGAAGCUAUCAGAGGAGAAGGUCACCAUUGCCAAGCUCGAAAAGGCUCUCGCCGAGAAACAACAGGUGGAGGAUUGUCUAGAAGUCGCCGCCUCGAGGUACAUGAGGGCCGAACAGAAGCUGGACCGUGCAAAGAGUGUCACUGUUGCGAAAUUAGAAAAGCAACAAUUGAUGGGCAGUCAGCAAUCCGGGGAAACGGCACAAUCGAAGCAAGAGGAGUCAUCACCAGCCAACGGUGGCACUCCCGUGACGGAUCGCAACCCCGAACUAGAGGAGGCACAUGCCAAGCUGAAGGCAAUUUCGGAAAAGCAAAAGGAACAAGUCCAGAAGCUGGAAGCCGAGAAUGCUAGCUUGCUCAGCCAAAUCACUGAAAACAAAGUCAAGUCUACGAAAUUCACCGAUGACGACUACGCACAUACGGAUCUGUUUAAACACCUUCGGUCUCAACAUGACGAUGUAGUUAAGCGCAUCAACCAUCUGGAAGCGACACAUGUUCAACUUCGCGAGGAAGCAGAGAAAUACCGAACAGAAAGAACUGCCUACAAAAUGCAACUGGAGAACGAAACUUCAAAUACAAUUGCGGAAAAAGAGGCACAACUGAUGAGGGCCGAAACGGACCUUGCCAGGAUACGAAAUGCUCGUGAUGAACUACUGGCUGAUCAACAAAUGAGGAAGGCUGCUCAGGACCAAGAGAAAACAUCUGCUUUGAAGUUGCAGGAACUGGCAGAUGCCCGCGAGGCUCGAAUUACAGCUUUGGAAUCGGAGAGCCAACGGUUAAGGCUUCAAAUCGAGGGCUCGAAAUCAGACGAAACCAUUAACGAUAUGCCGCUUGAGGAGCUCCGCGCCAAGUAUACCAGUUUGGACCGUCAAUACUCGAUGCUCAACACGGAAUUGACGUCCAUGCAAUUGGCAUACAAGAAGUUUGCCACGCUUGCAUCUCAAAAGGUCACCGACUUCGGGGCAAUGGAGGAAAAGGUUGCACGGUUAACAGCGGAGAAGUCGAAAGCAGAUCAGAAGUUCUUUGCUGCAAUGAAGAGUAAAGAGGCCCGGGAUGUGGAAGUCCGCACCUUACGGAUGCAAAGCUCGAAGACCUCUGAUAUUGUGUCUCAGUUGAAGGAGUCCGAGGCGGGCAGUCGCUCACUUGUUGCCAAUAUGGACAAGCAGGCUAGUGAGACCAAGGAGGCCUUGAACGCAGCCAUGGCGAAGCAACGCUCCAUUCAACAGCAGCUGACUGAAACGAACAUCCUCACAGAAGGGCUGAAGAAUCAGGUGGCAGAACUCAAGGCACUUUCCGUGUCCAAAGACUCCACGCUCGGGGCCACCAACUCCUCUUUGCGCCAAGCCGAGACAGAAGUUGCAGCUCUCAAGCAAUCACUUUCAGAUACCAAGAAGAGUCUGGAGAACUGGAAGAACAAGAGUCUUGGCAACUCGACUGCUGAGUAUGAAGGGUUACGGUCACUGGCAUUGUGCACAGUAUGCCGAUCCAACUUCAAGAACACGGCGAUCAAGACAUGCGGUCACGUCUUCUGCAAAGAUUGUGUUGAGGAGCGUCUCACCUCUCGUUCCCGCAAGUGCCCUAACUGCGGCAAAUCCUUCGGCAGCAACGACCACAUGCAUGUCACCCUGUGA